AUGGAGACUUUCCCAUCGGGAGGCAUCCCUAGAUCUGAUCACAGAUGCUGCGUACCCACCAACUUCCGGUGUAACAUGGAUGUUACGGGUGGGUUCCUUAGUAACAGCGGUCCACAUUUUGUUGACAAUCAAGUGUUACUUUACUUUGAUUACGUCACACAAAGGACAAGGACGGAAACAGGUGUGAUUCUGCCCAAUGGUGGGCACCUGACACACACCGAAAUAGCCGACUUCGCCAAGCAUAGAGUCUUUAAAAUAGAUGGGAGCUCUUGUGUCGAAAGUCACAUGAAUGCUUCAAUCCAGGAACAAUGUAUCUCUGGUGAUGCAAGGCUCGUGUCAUCUGGUUAUGUUGGAUCUCCGAAAAAUCCACUCAACGUACAAACCUGGCGGUUCUCCAUUCCCGGAACUGACAUCAUCAAUUAUCGGACGUUGACUGAGACAACUCCGGGAAAAUGUAUACCAGUACUGCAAGCCGAACAUGGUUUUCUGAAUGGAGCUUACUCUGCAAUGACAUACAUCAUAUCAGACGUCCAUAUUGGCGGCGCUUCCUCAUCCUUAUUUGAUUCACGACCAGACACGUGUCAUAAAGUGUAUCCUCAUUGAUUGGUCAUGGAUUCC